AUGUCUAUGAGAUCGCCUCGUGGACAAUCGCCUCUACGUUCACCAGAGCAGGACCGAGAACGGUCGCGCUCUUUAUAUCAUUCGAAACCCCGAAGCGAAAGCCCAUCCCGAAGUCUUACCCGAAGUCCGUCACAAGGACGACGCGAUCGCCAUCGUUCAAAAACCCGAUCCCGAUCCCCGUCUCGUGGCAGAACCCGAUCUCGCAGCCGCAGUCGAGGUGGUCGCCGUUACAAUAGCCGGAGCGAAAGCCGCUCACUUACUCCCAACCCUAGCCCUCCGAGAAGUUCGAAGAUCGUGGUAGAAAAAUUGACAAAAAAUGUCACAGAAAAUCACAUCCGAGAAAUCUUCGGGGGCUUUGGGGAGAUAGAGUAUCUCGAUCUUCCGAUCAACAAAGCUUUCAUGACAAACAGGGGGACUGCGUAUAUCCUUUACUACGACCCCGCUGACGCGGAGGCAGCUAUUGCCCACAUGCACGAGGCUCAGCUUGAUGGGGCCAUCCUGAAUGUCUCAAUCGUUCUCCCUCGCCGCAAAUUCUCACGCUCGCCACCCCCUGCGUCAAUUCGAGGGAAUGGCGGUCGCCCCAGAUACGGUCGAGGACCAUAUGUAGGCCCGUCAUCUCCGCCCAGACGGCACGGAGGCGGUCGACCUACAGAACGCCAUGACAUUUAUAGGCCCCAGACUGCAUCAAGAUCACGAUCUCCUGUUCGUUCUCGGUCAUACUCCUCUCGAUCUCGCUCACCACCGCCGCGCAGAGGUAGUCCUCGCACAGACUCGCGGCAUCACCGACGCCGGAGCCCAAGCUACAGCAGUUAUGGUUACAGCAGUCGAAGUCGCAGUCCAAACCGGAACCGGGGCCACAAUCGAAAUUAA